AGGUCCCAACUGCAGGCAGUCUCAUUCCAGUACAUGCAUCAAGUGAGAGCACAGCAGCAGAAACAAGCAGCUAGCACGAUAGCUCAUGGAAUUACAGUAUUAGUAUAGAGAUUGCCUGCAGAUACACUACACUGCGGUUACUAUACUACUGCUACUACUACAGCGGGACAAACGGAGCUACCUUAAACACUACUGGACUUAUCUCCCAAAGCAGAUCUCUACUACGCGAAACAGCCUCCCUAAUACCAGCUACAACAGGGAGGGGGUACUCCCGGGAUAAACUACAGAACCCCGCUGCUGAGCCGUGAGAUGCGUGGAUAGCGCUCAGAACUAUUACUGAAUAUUCCUACACGCGGAUUUGCAGGGACUCUACUGUACAGCGCUCGAACCCGUAGUCAAACACGCGGGUUCUUGGUUGGCGUUUUAGAAACACCCUAUUUUAAAGCCGGGGUACCAGUACUGGUAUAUCAGACUUGUCGUGAACGCAGCGGCCACCAUCAGCACCACUUUUCAGGAUUUAUUGGCACACUAUUUUUUACUUCUGUUUUAUGUUCCUGCCCUGUGGUUUAUGACAAUGGAUUAUUUGGUCUUUUUGUGUAGCAUUUUGCUGCCCAUGGCUUUAGCUGUUGAAGAAACGUUAAUGGACACGAAAUGGGCCAUAUCAGAGCUAGCCUGGACAUCCCAUCCAGAGUCUGGGUGGGAGGAGGUGAGCGGCUAUGAUGAGGCCAUGAACCCCAUCCGCACCUACCAGGUGUGCAACGUGCGCGAGCUGAACCAGAACAACUGGCUGCGGACUGGCUUCAUCCACCGCAAGGACAUGCAGAGAGUGUACGUGGAGAUGAAGUUCACAGUCCGGGACUGCAACAGCAUACCCAACAUCCCUGGCUCCUGCAAAGAGACCUUCAACCUCUUCUACUACGAGUCUGACUUGGACUCAGCCACAGCUAGCAGCCCCUUCUGGAUGGAGAACCCUUACGUCAAGGUGGACACCAUCGCCCCGGACGAGAGCUUCUCCAAGCUGGAGUCAGGCCGGGUCAACACCAAAGUGCGCAGUUUCGGACCUCUGUCCAAGACUGGCUUCUACCUGGCUUUCCAGGACCUGGGGGCCUGCAUGUCUCUCAUCUCCGUGAGAGUUUUCUACAAGAAAUGCUCCACCAGCAUUGCCAGCUUUGCCCAGUUCCCCGAGACGGUGACAGGCGCAGAGGCCACUUCUCUCGUCAUCGCCCCAGGGACCUGUAUCCCUAAUGCCCUGGAGGUGUCCGUCCCUCUCAAGCUGUACUGCAACGGAGAUGGGGAAUGGAUGGUUCCCGUGGGAGCCUGUACGUGCGCCGCCGGAUUUGAACCCGCGAUGAAGGACACUGAGUGCCUAGCCUGCAGCCCUGGCACCUUCAAGUCUCGCCAGGGAGAUGCUCCCUGCUCGCCCUGCCCCCCCAACAGCCGCACCAGUUCGGGCUCCGCCACGGUCUGCUCCUGCCGAAAUGGCUACUUCCGAGCCGACAGCGACUCCCCUGAGAUGGCUUGCAGCACUGUGCCCUCCUCCCCUCGCAAUGUCAUCUCCAAUGUGAACGAGACCUCCCUGGUUCUGGAGUGGAGUGAGCCACGGGACUCUGGUGGCCGUGACGACCUCCUGUACAAUGUGAUCUGCAAGAAGUGCAGCGUGGAGCAGGGCCUGUGCACGCGGUGUGACGACAACGUGGCGAUCUCGCCACGGCACCUCGGCCUCACGGAGAAGCGGGUCUACGUCACCAAUCUCCAGGCACACACGCAGUACAGCUUCGAGAUCCAGGCCGUUAAUGGAGUGUCCAGCAAGAGCCCCUACACACCGCAGUUCUCAGCCGUCAACAUUACCACCAACCAGGCCGCUCCCUCUGCAGUUCCCACUGUUCACCUGAUGGGGGCCACAGCGAGCACCAUGAGCCUGUCCUGGCUUCCCCCAGAAAGAGCCAAUGGGAUCAUCUUGGACUACGAGAUAAAGUACCACGAGAAGGGUCACGGUGAAGCGAUUGCCCACACGGUGACCAGCCAGCGCAGUGCAACCCGGAUUGAGGGGCUCAAGCCUGGCACUCCCUACGUGGUCCAGGUCCGAGCCCGUACGGUGGCUGGAUAUGGCAGAUACAGUAGCUCCUCUGACUUCAGCACCAACCUGCAGAGCGACCCGGAGAAGAAUAUUCAAGAGCAGCUGCCCCUGAUCGUGGGCUCAGCGACGGCCGGGCUGGUCUUCAUCAUUGCUGUGGUGGUCAUCGCUAUCGUGUGCCUCAGGAAACAGAGGAAUGGUUCAGAGUCCGAAUACACAGAGAAGCUACAGCAGUAUAUCACCCCUGGAAUGAAGGUCUAUAUCGAUCCCUUCACCUACGAGGACCCCAACGAAGCGAUCCGAGAAUUUGCCAAAGAAAUCGACAUUUCCUGCGUGAAAAUCGAGGAAGUUAUUGGAGCAGUGUUCUCCUGUGUGUCUCACGCUGCUGCCUCCCGCUCCGCAGGUGAGUUCGGGGAGGUGUGCCGCGGGCGUCUCAAGCUGCCGGGCCGUCGGGAGAUCAUCGUGGCCAUCAAGACUCUGAAGGUGGGCUACACGGAGCGGCAGAGGAGGGACUUCCUGAGCGAGGCCAGCAUCAUGGGCCAGUUUGACCACCCCAACAUCAUCCAUCUGGAGGGAGUGGUCACCAAGAGCCGGCCAGUCAUGAUCGUCACAGAGUUCAUGGAGAACGGGGCACUUGACUCUUUCCUUAGGUUGAAUGAUGGUCAGUUCACGGUAAUACAGCUGGUCGGCAUGCUGCGCGGCAUCGCGGCUGGAAUGAAGUACCUCUCAGAUGCGAACUAUGUGCACCGGGACCUUGCGGCUCGUAACAUCCUGGUCAACAGCAACCUGGUGUGCAAGGUGUCCGACUUCGGGCUGUCCCGCUUCCUGGAGGACGAUCCCACGGACCCGACCUACACCAGCUCACUGGGAGGUAAGAUCCCGAUCCGGUGGACGGCGCCCGAAGCGAUUGCGUACAGGAAGUUCACCUCGGCCAGCGACGUGUGGAGCUACGGGAUUGUCAUGUGGGAAGUGAUGUCAUACGGAGAGAGACCCUACUGGGACAUGUCCAACCAGGACGUGAUCAAUGCAGUGGAGCAGGAUUACCGGCUCCCCCCGCCAAUGGACUGUCCCACGGCUCUGCACCAACUCAUGUUGGACUGCUGGGUGAAGGACCGGAAUCUGCGGCCCAAAUUCGCCCAGAUCGUCAACACGCUGGACAAGCUGAUCCGCAACGCCGCCAGCCUAAAGGUCAUCUCCAGUGUCCACUCAGGGGUGUCCCAGCCCCUGCUUGACCGCUGUGUACCCGACUACACCACAUUCACCACUGUGGGGGACUGGCUGGAUGCAAUCAAGAUGAGUCGCUACAAAGAGAACUUCCUGAACGCCGGCUUUGCCUCCUUCGACCUGGUCGCCCAGAUGACAGCAGAAGAUUUGUUGCGGAUAGGGGUGACGCUAGCAGGGCAUCAGAAGAAAAUCCUCAGCAGCAUUCAGGACAUGCGCUUGCAGAUGAACCAAACACUGCCCGUCCAGGUUUGAGAGAAGAGCAUCCCCAACACGGAACUUUCUUGGAGAAAGAGAGAUAGGACAAAUCAAACCCCAGCUGCCUGAAACACUCUAUCAAUCGAACCCUGGCUUGCAGUGCCUCAGACACUUUUCCUCUGUUACUAUGUUACUGUAUUUUCAAUUCAUGUGUCUGGCAAGGGACAAGCUUGUGCGUGCAUUUGUGUGUUUGCUGGACAGCGAAUGCUGAAAAAUGAUAAACUCCCAGAGAAAGAAAGAAAGACUCGGUUCAGGAGGAAACUUUGGACUUUGAAAAGCUAGCAAGGGUUUAUUGAUCUUACAUCUUUUAAUGUUUUUGUUGCAUUUUGGUUUUAAAGUCUUCAUAUUGAAGAUGAUGUAUGGAAACACCAGAACCCUUAGAUGUUUGUUGGAUUUUGUGUUUGAACUUCAAUGAGUGGAUGGACAGAAUCUCUUGUAGAACUUUUAUGGAAUUCUUAUGGAAUGGCGGAACAACUCCAGAUAGGAAUAUUAUGGAAAGAAGAAGAAGAAGAAGAAGGCCAAGCUUGGGUUCAGUGUUUUUGAAAAAGGAUUGGUGCACCUCUCCUGGGUUGUACUAUGAGUUUGGGUUAGGGUUAGGGUUAGAGUUUGGGAGUGUUUAGAUCCUUUCACGCACACAAUCCCCUCUCCAGCCAUCAGCAGAGAGUAAAAAACAAACAGAAAUGACAAAUCUGUGUGCAUGUUGAAAAGUGCUUCAAAGUGUCUCCUUAAUCCAAAAUCCAAGUGCAAAUACAAAAAUAUUUAGGUUGAAAAAAUGGACACAACUGUCAUUUUGGACAAGAAGGAAGCAGGGGACUUCAUUUUCAAUGGAUGUCCAUGGAUUUCCUUUUUUUUUCCACUGAAGGACAAAAGACCAUUUGAGCUGUGGAUUUAAAAUACAAAAAAACCCCAGAAAAAACAUCUUAAAUAAAUAAUAAUACAAAAUGAUUUUUUUGUAAACAGACUGUUUUUUUUUAAUUACCUACAUAAAUGCAACAAACAAACAUAAGUCACAGCAACAACAACAAAAGGGCUUUCAGAAAAAAGCAAGAAUGGAUAUUUGUAGCACAUGUGAACGGACUAAAAUGAAAAGGGGGAGGGGGUUAAUGUGUUGUUUUGGGGCAUGGGGUGGGAUGGUGAGGUGCCGCAGAAGAAGAAAAUUCGAUAUAAGCCACGGAUGAUGUACUUGUGUAAGUGUAAAGCAAAGCAAGCGUGGCCUGUUGUGUACUAACCUUCACUGGAGCUUGUGUAACCAAUCCAGCAGCUCAUUGAGCGCUUGGGGUCCCGAUCACACAGUGUUGGGUUCUCAGAUCAUUUGGGAUUUCAGAACAUUAAGAUUGAUGAGUGCAUUUGAAAUAUGUUUUUGUAUAUACUGUUCAGUAUGGGACACUUUGUUCGCAUGAGGUAAACAGCAGGUGCUUUAAACUAUGAGUGCAAUGAGGCCCAGCCUGACAGGGAGAAGCUGGAAGCUGCUUGUACAGCCCCUAGCUUUUCACCUUUGAAAUACUAAAAAAGAUAUCCCGUUUACAGGAUUCCCGCUUGGGAGCCCCCCCUCCCACACCUAAGCCCUACAAGAACCCAGGACAGUAAUUCAGAUCCUCAAACGACUGCCAAAAGAUUUCACAAUACUAUACGAUCAUUUAGUUCCAUUCUUGGUGCAAAAGCAAACAAUAGCAACAAAUCCAGGGCUGCUCAGCUGAGGGGUCAAGUGUGUAGAGUUCUGAUGGGAAUAUUGUUACUGUUGUUGUUGCUGUUGAUGAUGAUGAUGACGAUGAUGAUGAUGAGGUGAUGAUGAUGAGAUGAUGAUGAGAUGAUGAUGAUAAUGAUGAUGAUGAUGAUGAUAAUGAUGAUGAUGUUGAUGAUGAUGAUGAUGAUGAUGAUAAUGAUGAUGAUGAUGAUGAUGAUGAUGAUGAUGAUGAGGUGAUGAUGAUGAUAAUAAUGAUAAAGAUGAUAUUAUUUAA